AUUUACGGAGGGAGCAGAAAGACAGACUUAAAACAAAACAGCAUGUCUUGUGAUUGAAUAAAACAUGCUUAAUAAACAAAUCAUCUGUUCUGCACGCAGUAACACAGCGUCUGUAAAUGCUGAGCGACAGGUCUGUGCUGUGUUAAUGGGAAUGAAGAAAUAAAUAAAGCCAGGGGCAAAAUAAAGCAUCUGUCGUGUAGGAAGGACAUAGACAAACCUCAAUGUAUCCCAUGUUAACAUUUUUGAGCAUGUUUUACUACAUUUGCCUACGUCGUAGAGCCAGAUCAGGUACAAGAGGAGAAAUAAUGAACAGUCGGCGAGCUAUUGAGUCGAGCAACCGCAUCCUACCUCUCAGCGUCGAAGUGGUGCAGUAUGCCAAAGAAGUGGUGGAUUUUAGUUCUCAGUAUGGCAGUGAGAACAGCUUGUCCUAUACUAUGUGGAAUUUGUCUGGACUGCCAAAUGUUUACCCAAGUUCCGGUGAUUUCACACAGACUGCUGUGUUCCGGACCUACGGGAGGUGGUGGGAAAGCUGUCCGAGUUCACCUCCACCAUUCAGAAGGACUCCCCGAAGUUUUCAUAGCCAAGAAUAUGUUGAAUUAGCGUUUGAGGAGGCUGUGUACCCAACAGCUAUUGAUGUACUGGAAACCUAUCAUCCUGGAGCCAUCGUUAGGAUCUUAGCUUGCUCAGCAAAUCCUUAUUCCCAGACUCCUCCAUCAGAAAUUAGAUGGGAGACCUUAUGGGCAGGUGAACCUGAGAAAGUCAAUGUCUCGCAGGCUCGCCAAUUUACUCCGUGCAUUAAACAACUUGACUUCAUGACAAACUUGAUUCGCCUGGAACUGAACAGUUCUUUCCUAGAUUACUACACGGAGUUGGAUGCUGUCCUGUUGCAUGGUGUUAAGGACCGGCUUCUUUCUGUUCACAAACCAUCAAUGCUAGAUCUGGAAGAUGACGACAAGGAUGACCACAGUUUAGAGUUCUUCAAUGGGCAAAUCACUGGAAUACCCUUGCCUGAAUACACAAAGAAUGGUUAUUUUGAAAAACUGCCUUAUGAGUUAAUCCAGCUGAUCCUCAGUCACCUGACAGUGCCAGACCUUUGCCAGUUGGCACAGACCUGCAAAUUAUUGUACCAACAUUGCUAUGAUCCUCUCCAGUAUGUCCAGCUCAGUUUGCAGCCUUAUUGGGCAGGCCUGAAUGAUGGCUCUCUGGAGCACCUGCAGUCACGCUGUGCUCUUGUGCAGUUUUUAAAUCUGUCUUGGACUGGGAAUAGGGGAUCCAUUUCCACGCAAGGAUUUCGCAGAUUCAUGCAAGUGUGUGGAUAUGAGCUGGUGCGUCUGGAGUUGGCCUGCUGCCACUUCCUGAAUGAAAGUUGCCUCGAGGUUAUUGCUCAGAUGUGCCCAAACCUCCAGGAGCUGAACCUUUCAUCCUGUGAUAAACUAAACACUCAGGCUUUCUGCCAUAUUGCUAAGAUCUCAGGUCUCCGACGUCUGGUCGUUUACCGCACAAAAAUUGAGCAAACAGCACUGCUCAGCAUUCUGAACUUCUGCUUGGAACUUCAGCACCUCAGCCUUGGCAGCUGUGUCAUGGUUGAUGACUAUGACGUUGUGGCUAGCGUGAUUGGUGCUAAGUGUAAAAAGCUACGAUCCCUAGAUUUGUGGAGAUGUAAAAACAUCACAGAAAAUGGCAUUGCUGCUAUAGUAUCAGGCUGCCGACUCCUGGAAGAACUGGAUCUCGGAUGGUGCCCAAUGUUACAAAGUAGCACAGGAUGCUUCAUAAAGCUUGCUCGUAAACUGCCCAACUUGCGCAAGAUCUUUUUGACAGCCAACAGAUCUGUUUGUGACACAGAUAUCGAGGAGCUGGCUGAAAAUUGCCCUCGUCUGUUCUAUGUGGACAUAUUAGGUACACGAAUGGUGAGCCCUGCGGCCUUACGAAAGCUACUUCAAUUCUGUAAAGAGCUCUGUCUUCUAGACAUUUCCUUCUGUUCUCAGAUUGAUAGUCGGGUGGUUCAAGAGCUCAGUGCCAACUUUCCAAAUGUGUCAAUUAAGAAGAGUUACACCCAGUGACCAAUCUUACACCCAGUGACCAACCUUACUGUAUCCCAAAUGAUUAAUCAGCUCUCUAGUCCUGUUUUGGUUUCUGGGGUUUAACAAAAUGAAUCUUAAGCUGAAUUCCUUCACUAUUUGGCACCAUUUCCACAUUAGAGUCCUUUGUCCUGGGAAGGUGCCAAAAGGUGUGAUUAUUGCAAUCAUUUAGAGUUGAUUUGGGCUCUCAGAACUAAAUUAAUGAUGACAAUGAGUUAAAAUAAAGGUUUACAAAGAGCCAAACAUGUGUCUUUCUAAUAAGUCAAUAAGUCAAGGUAAUGCAAGGUAAAUAAAUUACCUUUAACUGUGUUCCUAUGAUAAUUGCUUUAAUAAAUGAGUAAAAUUAAAAGAUAACUAAGAAACCUAUUUUUUUCUCCCAAACAUAUAUUUUUGAAUGUGCAAGAUUAUAUCACGCUGCUUACAGAAGCUCAACUUAGUGGAAUGGUUCAGAGUAGAACUGAUAUCAAGGGGCUUAGACAGAAGAAGGUGUAUUGUUUGGAAGCUUGAAUUGAGACUCUGUUUUGCAUUUUGAUAUUUACUUUGUUCACUGAGCAACAUAUAUCAAAGAAUUGUAUUCUUGCUACAAAACUCAUUGCACGUUAUUGUGCUGAAGGUGAAAUAUUUGAUGUAUCACCAACUGUCCCUCAAAUUGAGGAUGAAGUCUACUCAGGGUCAUGAGUUUCUCCCAUGGGUCUGUAUGUGACUGAGCUGGCUGGUUUUGACAGGUCUUUGGGCUCAUGGGACAGGACGUCCGAGGAGGCAGUAAGAUCCAGAGUGGCGGACUUGUUUCGAUUUGCUCCGUUCUCUGCUGCCAUUCUGCCUUGUCAUUAAAGUCUUGGAACUUGAAGCCUGACGUGGCUUGACGGACAGGUUAUCUCCUUACGAAGUGAUUUGUAGCCCUCCCCGUCAUGAAGGUCAAUGCUGCCUCACUUCCCUUAGAGUGUCUUUGAAGCUUUUCCUUUUUUCUCCUCUGGAAUGUGUAUUUGAGCAUUAAGUUGGUAUGGACUGACUUUUAACCUAUUUUUGAAGAAAGUUUUAGAAUUUUGAUGUUUCUCAUGUUAUUGUCACAAUAAUUCACCUAUCCCUGUACAAAAAACUACGUGGUGAGAUGGAAUGUUGUUAGAAAAUAAAUUUAUGCAUGAUACAGUUUUCUUUGUUAGUACUUCAAUGUAAUUAAGUUUAAUGUUCUUUAUCUUUAAUGUAGGUGUAAA